UGUUGCAUCAGAAAGCGUUGGGUUCGGACGUGCAGUGAAAGCAGUGAAAGACUUUGAAGAUGUGUGGAAUAUUUGCGGUUUUCUCCAGAACUGGUACAGUCAAGCUGCCCAGGAGUGCAUCUGGGCGCAAGGAGUCCCUCAGAGAGUUUGUCUAUCGACAGUCUGGCUGCCAGAGACAUCGAGGACCUGACCAUACGGGAGUGGUUCUUGUGCCUGAACACGGAGUGGCGAUCGUGCAGGAACGUCUAGCAUUGCUGGGCAUCCGAACUGGCGCCCAACCCAUGAAGUCUUCGACAGGAGAAGUGAUUCUCGCGGCCAAUGGAGAGAUUUACAACUACCUGGAAAUUGCCAAGGAGAUCUCCCGGCGCAGGAAAACUUCAUACGUGCCCAGAAGUGACUCAGAUGUGAUCAUUGGACUCUAUGAGGACUUUGGUCGUAGCCUUCUGCAUCAAAUCACCGGGAUGUUCACUUUUGUGCUGUAUGAUCGCACCAAGAAGAGUAUUCUGAUUGCCAGGGAUCCCAUUGGAAUUAUUCCGCUGUAUCUGGGCAAGGAUGAGGAGGGCAAUCUUUGGGUGGCCAGUGAGAUGAAGUGUCUCGUGGGUGUUUGCCGUGAUGUGAAAGCCUUCCCGCCGGGCACACUUUGUCAUGGCACACCCGAUCGUCUGGUCUUUGAGCAAUUCUACACUCCCAAGUGGAUCACCACCAUUCCCACUCACCAGUCCAACUUGACUCUGCUGAGGAAAAAACUCGAGAAUGCCGUGCGCUCGCAUUUGCAGUGUGACGUGCCAUUUGGCGCUCUCCUGUCGGGCGGAGUGGACUCCAGCCUGAUCGCUUCUAUCGCGACGAAGAUCAUGCGUGAGAGAGAUCCCAACUUCCGCCUCAAGACCUACAGCGUAGGCCUUCGCGGUGCACCAGACUUCAAGUACAGCCGAAUGGUGGCGGAUUACAUCAACAGCGAUCACACUGAAGUCUAUUUCACGAUCGAGGACGGACUGGACUGCAUUCCUGACAUCAUUCGCCACCUCGAGUCCUACGACAUCACCACCAUUCGCGCCAGUAUUCCCAUGUACCUGCUCUCGCGCUUCAUCAAGAGCGAGGGCUUGAAGAUGGUGCUCUCUGGAGAGGGAGCAGAUGAGAUCUUCGGCGGCUAUCUCUACUUCCACCGAGCGCCCAAUGCCAGGGAUUUCCACGAAGAAACGGUGACCAGAGUGCGGUGUCUCCACCUCGCAGACUGCCUGCGAGCCAACAAAUCUACAAUGGCGUGGGGCUUGGAGUUGCGAGUGCCCUUCCUGGACACGGAGUUCGUCAACUUCGCCAUGAACAUUCGUCCCGAAGAUCGAAUGCCGGCCGCCACAGAUCAGAUGAUCUCGCGCAAGACUCUGGAGAAUGGGAAGCCCGUGGAAAAUCCCAAGAUCGAGAAGUACAUCCUCAGGGCAGCCUUCAGAGACAACUAUCUGCCACACGAAGUGCUGUGGCGCCAAAAGGAGCAGUUUUCAGACGGAGUGGGCUACCAAUGGAUUGACACCAUCAAAUCCUUCUCCGCGGCGCAUGUGGACGAUCAGGAGCUCGAGAAUGCCGAGGAGAUCUUCCCCAUCAACACACCAGUCACGAAAGAGGCUUUCUUCUACCGACAGAUCUUUCAGGAGAUCUUCCCCGCCGAAUCCUUCGCUCACACCGUCAUGAAAUGGGUGCCGCGCACGGACUGGGGCUGUUCAGCGGAUCCCUCAGGACGCGCCCAGGCCGUCCACAUUGCAGCUCAUGCAUGAAUUUCAUUCCUUCAAAUUUAUUAUCACAAUCACGCUAAUAUUCAAUAAAAAUUACAUAAUAGAACUGACCUCAUUCAAGGCGCUUUAUCUUAAUCCCAUGAGCUUCUGCCCAAAAGCAUAUUUGGAGGGAAAGAGAAGAGAGUUCAUUGAUACGAGGAGGAAAAAAUAGAACAAUAUUUUGACUGAUUUCCAGUCGCAUCUGGAUUAGCUGGUGAUCUUGCACGAUGGUAUUCAGAGAGGGCAGAAAAAGUUCAGA